GCCAAUAACCCAGAACAGAGACACACCAGUUAAUUAACGCAGAAUUGAAGUAGCAAAAGCUGAGAGAUAAUGGCAGAAGUAAAGGUCCUAGGUCACUGGGCAAGCGCUUUUAGCGUAAAUGUUGAGAUUGCUCUCAAACUCAAAGGAGUUGAAUAUGAAUUCAUACUAGAAGAUCUGCCCAACAAGAGCCCCUUGCUUCUCAAAUCCAACCCUGUCCACAAGAAAAUCCCUGUGCUCUUGCACAACGGAAACCCACUACCUGAGUCUCUCUCUCUCGUCAUCAUCGAGUAUAUCGACGAGACCUUCCCGGGCACUCCCAUUUUGCCUAAACAUCCUUAUGAGAAAGCCAUGGCUCGUUUCUGGGCUAAGUUCAUUGACGACAAGUUCUUUUCUGGGGCUAAGAAAGCGCUAUUUAUCAGAGGCGAAGAGGAAGAGAAGGGAAAAGAGGAAGUUUGUGAGGCUCUGAAAAUUCUGGACAGUGAAUUGAAGAACAAGAAGUUCUUUGGAGGGGAGAUGAUCGGACUUGCAGAUUUAGCCGCCAGUUUCAUCGCCUUAUGGAUGGGAGUUUUUGAAGAAGUUAUAGGGGUGGAUUUGGGCGUGACCCAAGAAAAAUUCCCUCAUUUAUGUUGUUGGAAGCAGGAUUUUCUCAACUGUGAUGUAAUUAAGGAGACCUUACCUCCAAGAGAUAAACUUUUUGCUUUCCACAACAAGAGAUACAACCCAGAAGCGACAAGUACUGCUACUCAGUAAUAAGCAAAUGCAUUUUCUGUUUUUUUUUUUUAGUCAGAGACUUCUGCUUGCGUUAAGUUGUUGAAACACUUUUUAGACUGAGACGUUUGUAAGAGAAUAGUUCUACUAUUCUAGUUUUAUUUCUGUUUUAAUAAGGUAAUGUUUAUGUAUCAUCUAUGUUGCAACUCUUGUUUAGUUAUUAUUAAUAAAAUAAUAAGAAGAGAUCAUUGGCA